UCCGUGGUAAGAAGUUGUAUCAGGGACUGAAAYUGAGUCUAAAGCCCUGUCAUAUUUGGUCCUCUGCUGUGCUUGUUGACCAGAUAAUGAAGAACAGACAAUGAAGAAAACCUUAUUGUUUAACUGGUGGGAACUUGACUGUCAAGAGAAACAAUGUAUUGGUCAAUAGAUAGGAAAUUAACCUGUGGAAGAGGAAUAAUACACAAUGGAGCUGUUGUURGCAUGGGGGUGGUAUCAAGAGCUAAUAUAGCCUCAUCUUACAGCGUGAAGUGACAUUGAAACUGGAAAAAUUCCACUCCAGAGGAGGCUAUAUAAGGCCUGGCUCUGGGGUGGAGGGAUGAGAAGGACAAAAUGCAUGCCAUUUCGAUCCAGGGUUCACCCUGAAGUUACACUGCAUACCUGCUCUUCCCACCUGUGCACCAUGCUCCAUCUCCUUCUCCUGCUCAGCAGCUUUUCAAGGAUCCAGGGGGUACCUCAGACUCCUACCCUUCUGGAACAAAACAUCUGGGUGACCCUGGCUAAGGCAACGGGACAGGACACUUUAUGCUUCAGCAGUACUCUGUCCCAGAAUCCAUUCACAACAUGUCUGGUCGGCGUUCCUCUCACCGCCCGUGAGCUGCAACAGUUGUGCAACAGCACCCCUGCGCCUGCAGCCUGCAUGGCUACYGGAGUGUGGCAACAACUGCCUCACCUCGGGAAAUCCUAUGCUCUACCCCCCCAGGAGCUGGACAUUUUAGGCACCUUGAAUGCAGAUAGUUGUACUAACUUUAAAUUUAUUAGCACGGGGAAUAGCCCUGUAGCUUGGUGGGUUAAUGCCUCAGUACCAUGGUAUCAAAAUGCUUCACACUGGUGUAAUUCAACCACAGCCCAACUAACCCAGAGUUUUAGUACAAAUAUACAACUCCCACGAGGUAUCUUUUUAAUUUGUGGGGACCGAGCAUGGGCGGGAGUGCCAAUGGCGAUUAAAGGUGGACCGUGUACUCUGGGAAAACUAACCCUCUUAUCUCCAAAUACAACUGUUGCAGCAUGGAUCCAACAAAACCGAAUUCGGCGGCGUCAUACACGGAACGUACACGCUUUUCCUCCUGACUGCAGAGAUACUGUUGAGUUCUGGAAUGCUGCCAAGAUAAUCAGUGCCUUUCAAUUGUCUCCCGGGGUUGCAAGUGCACGAGCACUCACAAGCCUAAAUAAACUUGGCUGUUCAUUAGCCAAGAUUAGUAAUGCUACCAGCAUAGCUAUAUCUGAUUUGUUGUUUGAUGCAGACAAUAUCAGACACACUCUGUUACAAAAUCAAGCAGCAAUUGAUUUUUUGGUUUUAGCAAAUGGACAUGGAUGCAAAGAUUUUGACCAAUUAUGUUGUAUGAACUUAAGUGACCAUUCUAGGUCUGUCUACGCACAGAUACGGGAAUUACAGGCACUUACUCAACACCGUGCAGAAGACAUGAGUUGGAAUCCAUUUGCGGGAGGGAUACAGGAUUGGAAUUGGUUGAAAAAGGGAUUAAUAUUACUUUGUGUCUUAGGUAUUGUGUUUCUGUGUAUGCUUUGUUUUAUUGCUUGCUUAGUAUCAUUAUUCCGAUUUUUAAUAGAUAGCAUGCUGCAUCGUCGUGUUGUUCGCAUGGUGGAAUAUCGACGUAUUCCAAACUCAGACUAUGCGGUGGCAUGUGUCAGGGACUGAAGUCGUGUCUAAGGCCCUGCCAUAUUUGGUACACUGAUGUGCACAUUGACCAGAUAAUAAUGAACAGACAAUGGAGAAAACCUURUUGUUUAACUGGUAGGAACUUGACCCUUAGGAGAAACAAUGUAUUGGUCAAUAGAUAGGUAGAAAAUUAACCUGUGGAAGAGGAAUAAUACACAGUGUAGUUGCUGUUGGCAUGGGGGUGGUAUCAGGAGUUGUUAUGGCCUCAUCUUACUCACUGGCUGUGCGUGAGGUGACAUUGAAACUGGAAAAAUUCCACUCCAGAGGAGGUGAUAUAAGGCCUGGUUCUGGAGUGGAGGGAUGAGAARGACAAAAUGCAUGCCAUUUCGAUCCAGGGGACACCCUGAAGUUACACUGCAUACCUGCCCUACCUACCUGUGCACCAUGCUCCUUCU